AUGAACCUAAUUUUCUGUGCUUUUUUUCAGGAUCCAGAUAAGAAAGGCACAAAACCCAAAAUGGUCACAUACGAGGUUGACUUGAAUAAGUGUGGCCCAAUGGUUCUUGAUGCGUUGAUUAAAAUCAAGAAUGAGGAUGAUCCCACGCUGACUUUCCGCCGUUCUUGUCGUGAAGGUAUAUGCGGUUCUUGUGCUAUGAAUAUUGCUGGUGUUAAUACCCUAGCUUGCAUUUGUAAAAUUGAUGCAAGGGUCAACAAGACAACCAAAAUAUACCCUUUACCCCAUAUGUAUAUUAUUAAAGACCUUGUACCAGACAUGAGUAACUUCUAUGCUCAGUACAAAGAAAUUGAACCUUAUCUUAAAAAGAAGGAAACAGUCAACUAUGGAGAUAAACAGUAUUUCCAGAGUGUAGAAGACAGAGCUAAGCUGGACGGUCUGUAUGAGUGCAUAUUGUGUGCAUGUUGUACUACAUCAUGCCCCAGUUAUUGGUGGAAUGGAGAUAAGUAUCUGGGACCAGCAGUAUUGAUGCAAGCAUACAGGUGGAUGAUUGACAGUCGUGAUGAUUUCCAAGUAGAGAGAAUGGCCAAGUUGCAGGAUCCAUUCUCCAUCUAUAGAUGUCAUACUAUUAUGAACUGUACAAAGACAUGUCCAAAGAGCCUUAAUCCUGGUCGUGCUAUUGCCGAAGUCAAGAAACUGAUGGCUGCAUUCAAGGGAAAAGCGAAGGCAGCUUCUUUAUAGAAAUACAAGUACAAAAGUGUGUGUUGUACACAAGACCAAACUUGUUGGAGUAGUGGUUGAUGACUUAGAAUGUAAUUUAUACUGUGCUAUAUUGAAUUAUACUGUACUUUCACUGGCCAUUUUCUUAGUUACAGCACUUAGCAAACUGCAUGCAAAUAAAAUUAUUUUGUUACUUUAGGAGUGUCACAUUUUAUUUUAAUUUAGGCUUCAUUUCACCUUCUAUUUCACUGAAAUUGAACACCUUCAUAUCAGGGUGUGGGAGAUCUCCUCAAUAUACUGAUAUGAACAAAUAUGAAUAUUUGAUUUGAAUGAAAGGGGUGGAUGGGUCUAAAAAUGAGGGGGACAAUCAAUGAUAAUAAACUACUGGAUAGAUUUCAUCAAACAUUUGUAUAUUUUCAUGCUGUGUGUAUUUAUCAUGAUUAACAUUGUACUUGUAGAUUAUUACAAAUCUGUUAAGUUAUCUCGCAGGGAUUGUGUUACGCCUGAAUUGUAUCUUUAUUAUUAAAGACUGACAACCAGGGCUGCCAUAAACAAGUUCCUUGUUCCAGGCUACACAAAUGCUAACGUAAUCUCUGUUGUGUUACUGUAAUUCAGUGUCGAAUCAAUAAAGUAUGGACAGUUUGCCUAGUG